AUGAUACUUGUGUUCUUUCUAAUACCCUUGAUCCUCGCAGUGUCGUCGGUGCCGCUGCCCGCACCGUCAAGUAUCAUCGAUGUCCUCUCGGCAGACGUACAGUACUCCUAUUUUCUUCGUCAUUUGCAAAAACUGGGUCUUGUUCCCUUGAUUAACUCGCUUGAAAAUAUCACGGUUUUAGCACCAAUCAACUCGGCUUACGCCUCCGAUCGGCAGGACGAAUCGCUCACAAAAUACCUUAUUAAUCAACCCUUCAGUAUAGGCGAGCUCGGGGUUAAUGAUAUCGUCUUCAACACUCUAUAUAACAAUUAUCCAAUCAUAAUAUCCCCCGAUUUUAAGUCGAAGGAGUAUACCGUCGAUUAUGUGGCUUCUUUUAUAGAGCUGGACAUCUAUGCAAAACACCAACAUUCUUAUAUACAUGCAAUUGACCAUUUACUCCCACCAAAACCCUCAAUAUGCGAUUUUUUACUCAAUGACGAUUUGGGUUCAAUCUCAAUCUUUAAACAAUUGAUAAUAUCAGUUUUCCAUAAAUCCCAUCAUAAAAAAUUAUCGGUUCCUUCUUGUGAUUCAUUUUUCAAUUCAUCUAAAACAUUAUUAAUUCCUACAAAUGAUUUCUUGUUUAAUUCUUUACCAAAUGAUACCUUAAACUAUUACUUAACCCUACAUCGGGUUUUACAAAAUGAAAAGUUCUCCCUUACUAAAGAUGCAGAAUAUGACCUUAGAAAUAGCUUGCUCAAAUUUAUCAAAUUGCUUAUGAUCCCAGAUUUGAUCGCGGGGGUUAAUGGUACUGAUAAUGAAACCCACCGCAAUUUGAAUGGUGAUAAAUUCAAUUUCAACUGGCAUAACAAUUCCUUAACAGUUAAUAAUCACUUAUCUACCAAGGAGUCAUUUGUCUUGUCAAAUGGUGCGGUUCAUAUUUUUGAUAAACAAAACGGGGCCAAUUUUUUCAUUUCUUUGAAACUCCCAAUCAAAAAAUUAUCCCCCAGAGAUCUCUUAUACUCUUUACACUACUCGAACUUCGUUAGAGAAUUGAAGUUUAGAAAAUUAUUGCAUUUGAUUGACUCGCCGCAUUCGAGUCAAACUGUCUUUUUAAAUAAAAACCAAAGAGAUGAUAUUAUCAAAGAUGAGCUUUUCGAAUUGGCCUCGUUUAAUCAAAAACAAUCUUUGCUAUACCAAUUUGCUAAUGAAUCAAUUGAUAUAAAUGACUAUUCUAAUUCUUCUAGUGUUCAUAAAUUAUUAAAUUCCAAAAUGUGCAGUUCGAAAAGAAUCGGUUCUUGUUUUAAAUUGAAAUUCCUGGCUUCUACCUCUCGUAAUUCUUCCACCAUAACGAUUAACGAUGAAAAUAAAAUCGCUCAUGGCCCUUUCAAAUCAAAUCAAACUUUCAUCUAUAUUGUUGAUUCAGAAAUUGAAACUCCUUCGUCUUUUAAACAUACUAUGGGUCCUUUGAUUUCAAGUGGGUUUUUCGAACAUCAUUUGGAACAUAUCAAAAUCGAUAAAGAGUCUUGUUUAACUACUUUGGGAUAUUUAAAUAGAUUCGGCCUCUUCCAUCUCGAUGAUAAUUAUCAUGGUUAUUCUAUUUUUUUACCGUGUGGAAUAACUAAUCCAAAGGAAGAAGGUGAAUUAACAAUAAAUAAAGCCUCAAAAGGUUCUUGGAAUUCUUUAGGUUUGAUCUUGGAUCAUCUAGAAUCGAAUCCUCAUUUGUUUAAAGAUUUAUUAAAAGGAUUUUUCAUUGAAGAUCUCAUUUACUCUGAUUUUGGGCUCGAUGAUAAUAUCGAUACUAAGAUUAUCACGAGAAAUUUAAGAGGUGACCUAAUCAAUGUUUCUGAAUCUUAUUAUAAUGGUGAAAUUAAUCAUAGAAUUAAAUUAAACUUAACCGAAUUAUCAAUUCCUUUGAAUUCAGAUGUCUUAUUCAAUCAAGGUGUCGUCCAUAUAAUAAAUCGUGUUUUAUUCCCAGAAAAUUUUCAUGUUUCCUUAUAUGACUUGAUCCAAACUACAAUUAAAGAUUCAAAGUUUUCCUUUUUGAAAUUACUCGAAUUAUAUCCAAAUUUAUUGAAAAAACUCGGCUUACUUGGUAAAGAUAAGGAUAAAUUCAAUUCAAGUAAGUAUUCUCUAUUAAUUCCAACUUCCGAAUCUUUAAAAGACUUCAACAUUACCUCCAACUUUGAUAAUUUAUUGAACUUCUUACAGUUUCAUCUCAUCCCCAAUAACCAAUUAGAUCCAUUAUUAGAUUGCAUUACAUCCUCAAAUACUAGUUCUCAUUUUAAAACCAAAACUAACCUUACCGAUACUCAACUUGUUUGUUCUUAUGACAAAUCAAACAAUAAGUAUUUCCUAAGACUAGAUGACGAUUCAAGUAUGAAUACCAUGGGUUAUAAUAAAGAUCAUGAAGUUGUAAUUCUAUCCCAUGGAUGUACCUCUAUUCAUAGAAAUAGAGAAUCAGAUUUAUCAUGCGUAUUUUUAAUCGAUAAACCAUUAAAUUUGAGCUGGUUACAAAAAGAUGACGGUUUUUUACACAUCCAUUUAGGUUUCAUAAGCAUUGGUAUCGGUAUCAUCCUUGGAUUGAUCCUAUUUGGUACCGUCAUGUUAUCAGUUAUUGUUUGUUUGGGUGCUUCUAAUAAAUCAAAGAAUUCAAAUGGUAUUCAUACUGACUUUUCAAAUACUCAAGGCCAAAGCUUCAUGAGAGUCACUUCGGAUGAAGAAGAACCAACAUUUGACCAUGGCUAUGAAACAGACGAUGAUAUGCUUAGAACAGAACGUGAACAAUUAUUACCAAUCCAUGGCAAAAAGAGAAAGAAGGGUCAUUAUGGGUCAAUCAACCAAAUCAAUUCCUUAAGGGAUAACAACGGUGCUAUACCGACCAACUCUUUAGGCAAUAAAAGUGCUCCUCGCACCAUCAGAAGCAGUAACAACAUACGUGCCUUGAAUAGGGAUUUCAACUUGCCUGGUGCUUAA